CGCGUCAGUGUUUUGUUUUGCUCUGCAGAGUUAACGAGCAUCUAGAUUUCAGUCUCUCACAGUGCACGAUGUCUAGUUUCAAGUCAAGAUUUCUUCAGUGGUCUAAGUCUGCUACUGGGAAAACUGUUUUAGAGGUUACUACAGUGGUGUUGCUCCUAGUGCUAGGGUGGACCUCCUGUUGGUCCGUACUCGGAGAUGAGUGUCUCCCUGACUCCAACAUCUUCGGUAUCCUGGUAUCCUGCGUUUGCGGGAAACUCCUGGGAAUGUUGCUUGGUCUCGUCAACAUUCCACCUCUCAUCGGGAUGAUCGCAUCGGGAAUUAUUUUCAGGAACGUGCCUAAGAUAAAUGUAGCAGGUGAUAUAGACGUGAAAUGGUCCUCUGCUCUCCGAACCGGGGCUUUUGUUAUUCUGCUUCUUAGAGCUGGGUUGGGACUUAGGUUGGACAUUCUUCGUAAAAACAAGAUGCUGGUAGCGUGUUUGUCAGUACUACCUUGUGUUGUGGAGGUCAUUAUAAUUGCCUGUGUUUCCCGACCUCUUCUAGACCUUCCUUGGAACUGGGCUUUUCUCCUCGGGUUUGUGAUAGCUGGAGUAUCCCCGGCAGUGGUGAUCCCUAGUAUGUUGUCCCUGAUAGACAGGGGAUACGGAAACAGAGCAGGAGUCCCUACCCUUCUCAUGGCUGCUGCAACUGCUGAUAACGCCUUUACCAUCACCGGGUUCAGUGUAGCCCUCAAAUUUGUCUUCCCGGAGAGUACUCAUGCUGCUAUGGUUAUCAUGGAGGGGCCUAUUGAGGUCGUCUUGGGUGGAGUAUGUGGUGUGGUACUAGGGUACAUCCUGUCCCACCUGCCUCCCCACUCCCCUCACCAGGCAUCAGUGCAGACCCUCCUUCUCACCAUGGUGGGGUUCAGCUGUGUGUUUGGGCUAAAGAGGGCUACCUUCGCUGGGGCAGGGGUCCUGGCUGCUCUUGUUAUGUCUACUGUAGCUGCUCAAACCUGGCAGACUAAGACUGAGAUAUCAGCGUCUCUACAGAAGUUAUGGCUGGUAGGGGAGACUCUGCUCUUCACUCUGGUCGGAGCUCAGGUGGAACUUUCUUUACUCAACUAUAAGAUAGUCGGUUACGGUGUGGUUUGUUUAAUAGUGGGAGUAUUGCUACGAUGUGGGGUGGCGUUCCUCUCUGUCCACUGCUCUUCCCUGCAUCUUAGUGAGAAACUGUUUAUGUGCACCUCUUGGACUCCCAAAGCUACUGUGCAGGCUGCUAUUGGGUCAAUAGCUCUUGACAGAGUACGAGAGACCCUCCCAGGAGACAAGACAGCAGAGUUGUACGGUGUAACAGUGUUGUGUGUAGCUGUGCUGGCUAUUAUCGUCACCUCCCCACCUGGUGCUGCUCUCAUUUCUCUACUCGGACCUCGUCUACUAGACUUUAAGUCAGAAGAAGUUGAACCUAUCCGUGUGAAGGAGAGUGAGAAGGAAGAAGUAUCCACUGGUUUAAACAGCGUACAUAACUCUGACGAUGCAGAUGGUUAUAGGAAUGUUUAACUCAAGACUAGCAGAUACACGAAUGGAUUGAGAUUUACGGUUCAUUAUAGCACUCAUAUCC